AUGGGAUCUUUAUUCUCCUCUGAAGAUAACCUCAAGUUAUUUUUCAAUUAUGGAAGUGACCUCAACAUAAUACUGGAUGCCUGCAACUUCCAUGAAGGGUCACAGGCUACAGGAAACGUGAGCUUUACAGUCAACAACAACUGUCCCUCCAUCCGUUUAAAUGUGGUUGUCGAAGGCUUUGAAAAUGUCUUGUGGCAGAAAUAGAGAAACGAAAACAGUAAGAGGGAUAGGAGGAGUGAGAAGAAGAGGUGGAAGCGGUACAAGAAGGCAAACUAAAACUGUAACAUAUAAAGAUAAAGUCAAGACAGUCUCUAGUCGGACCUUUGUACUAGAGACCCAAGAAGGUUUCCUUCCAGGAAAUUAUUCAUAUCCUAUUAAUUUCCCAGUUCCACAAAAUGUUGCCGGGACUUAUGCAUUCUCAUCUAGUAGUUGGGGGCUUAGUUCCAAAUGCAGUAGCUCAUACAUGGUGUAUGUAGAGAUUACUAGCAAUGAUGGCUCCAACACGGUACUAGGAAGGUGCGGAUGCCCCAUUGUUAUCAUGCAAAGACCAAGAUUACAGCUUCAAGCUAAUGUUGAAACAAGUCUUACCGUUCCGAUAAAGACAUGGUGCUGCAUCGACAGAGGAACCUUCGAUGGAAGGUUCGUCUUUGAAAAGAACAUAGUGUGCAUCAACGAUAACGUUUGGAUGAAGUUCUACCUUGACAAUACCAAGAGUAAUCUUUCAGUUGACAAGGUCACUUGUUAUCUGAAGAGAAAACUUGAACUGAAAACAAGAAAAGGUAAAAUGAAGGAAUUGACUAAAACAAUGAUCAAACAAGUUGUGCCAGGAUGCAAGAAGGGAGAGAAAUCAGAAGAGAGAACGGUCCAGUUUGAUCUAAACCUCGCUAGUGAUGACGGUACCCCGUCUAAGCUCAAGGGAGAACUGGGGGAGUUCGCCGGUAAAAUUCAGCAAAGUUGAAAUGGCCAACUUAUCAACUGCUCCUAUUUAUUAGAAAUGGAGGUAGACUUUGUUGGGUUCAGAUGUUGAGAUCCAGACCCAGAAUCUAUAUUACCAAUUGAGCUUCUAGCCCCAGAAAGAGUGCUUGUAUUCCAGCCUGAGAUUUACUCGGCACCCAUGGAUUUCGGAGAUGCAGAUCAAUCAAUGACUCCUUUUGUACCCAGUGGAGGAAUGGAUGCAGUUGCUACACAACAGCCAAUAAUGGAGUCGUAUGGAGGAGUACAUGCUGGUGGAGCUCCUCCACCAUCUCAGAUUCCACAAACCCAUGCGACAUCAGCCCAAAUUGCUCCUGCUCCUGUUCCUGUUCAGUACCCUGCAGACCCAAACGCUCCAUAUGUUCAGCCUCCAGGAAUGGCUCCUGCUCAAUAACAGUUAU